AUGGCCUAUCCACCAACUAUGCUGGAAAGGCUCCUGAACCCGCUAAGGAAGCGGGCGCACUUCGGAUCGGUCACACACAGGCUACUGUCGCCUCGUUCGACGACGACCUUGACUGCUACGCCCCAUAAGAACAGGUCCUGGAGCUUUUCGGCCGACGACAAGUGGCCGCAGAUCACUGUGGUCACCACCUUGGCCAUUGCCGCGACGCUGGUAUUGUACUCGCUGCUCCACGGAACGACCGGAAGCGGUGGUGGUGACACAUCCGGUAACAGCCCGACCCUCUGCCAGACCACCGACUGCAUUCAGCACGCCGACUUGUUCGCCCAUUGGCUGAACACCAGCAUCGACCCGUGCGAGGACUUCGCCGCGUUUGUCUGCUCCGCGUGGAGUCACAGGGCGCAAUACCGCCGUGGUGAGUCGAUGUCGGUGCGCCAAGAAGUCGUGCUCGACUUCACCGAGACACUGGCGGAGACCAUUGGUGCUGGCAUGACGCAGAUUCCGGUGGGCAGCAAGCCUCUUGCCAUGUUCCGUACGUGCAUGGAGGUGACGGCGCACAGCGCGCACAGCAAGGAUGUCAUCCGCCGAUUCAUGGCUGACGAGGGCAUUCCUUGGCCGCUGAGCAUGCACUCUCCAACUUCUGGAACCGCCCCAUCGCCUCUUGAGAUCUUGAUGCGCUUCGCUAUCAAGUGGCAGCUACCACUGUGGUUCAAUGUGCUCGUGUUGCCCGAAUUCGCGGGAGGCCAUCGAGCGGUUUUGAUCGCGGACAACCCGCAGAUGCAUGGCUGGGAGGCCAGGCACAAGGGGCUCGAGGCAACCAAUUCCACAUUCGAGUACUGGAGCGCUCACUACGAGGCACUGACACCACCAGGCAACGCACAAACACCGCAACCACCUUCCCGUUCACAAUGUGAAGAGAUGAACCAUAUUGAGGACACCGUGUACCGUGAACUCCUGGACAAUCGCCAAGGCGAGGUCAAGCAGAGUGCCAUGUUACCUAUGGAGAGUAUCGACAACUACACGAGAGGUGCCUUUUCGUCGAGCGAGUGGCUGGAGAGUCUCAACAAACAGGCAUCGGCCACUGGUUGGCCGACGUUCUUGGCACGGGACCCCGUUGUUCUCAGAGACACAGGGUUGCUCACAGGACUUCGCCGGAUAUGGGCGAGGCACAGCGAAGCGAAACUGCUGGAGGCACUCGCGUGGCUCCUCGCGCAGAUACUGGGACCCAUCGCGGACGCGAGACUGCUGAGGUUCAGAUAUGCCAACCUCGCCACAACCAACAUCAGGCGCGUUCACUUCUGUGUCAGCGAGGUGGAAGAGAUAUACCGGUUCAUGGUGAUCGCCCUGGCGACAGUCGUCAACUUUCGCGAAAGCCUGCGCCUAAACAUAAGCUCCCAGCUCGCCAUUGUCCAGCAGGCGGCAGGAGCGCUGGUCGGAGCCCUGCCGUGGCUCGACAACGCCACCAAGGUCGCCGCUGGCAAGAAGAUCGCACGGGCCAAGACGGUGUUGUGGCCACCCAACGAUUUCCUCACAGACGACGUGCUCUCCGUGAUGUACUCCGGCUUUCCCGAGGACGUGCUGUCCGCAGACGAGACUUUCGCCGAUCUGUGGCUCCAGUCCAGACAGGCACUUUCCGACCUGGUGAAGGACCGGUACUACGAAUCCACGGCGAUCGACCUGCUGGCGAAUACGCGCCUGCCAUUGGCCCAGUACGACUACGUGCGCAACACUCUCCGAAUCUCGAUCCAGGCACUGUCCGCGCCGCUGUACUACCCGCAGGGCACCAACGCCAUGUUCUACGGCGGCCUGGGCUUCGUACACGCUCGUGAACUCGUCAAGAGCCUGGACGGGGAGGGCGUCACGUUCGACGCGGACGGCAACGUGGGUCUCGACUGGUCUUCGGAUGUCUGGAAGAUCACCAUGGUCGAACGGACGUUCUGUCUUGCGGCCCAGAGUGGCAGCGCCAAAAAACGCGCCCCGAAGGCCGAACACAAUCGCCUCUUCCCCGACAUUCCGGCGCUGGAGGUGGCAUACGCGGCGUUGCAGUGGGCGCUCGCUUUGGAUCAACAUCCGACGAGAGUGCUCGAGCAGUACACCGAGCAGCAGCUGUUCUUCAUCACACUCUGCUACCUCAUGUGUGGCGCAGCUCAUCCGGGCGCCAGGAACUGCAACAAGGCUCUGCGCCACUUUCCGCCCUUCGCCCAGCACUUCGACUGCAAACAGGGCAGCGGGAUGAAAGCAGCCAAGCCGUGCUCGUUGCUCUAUAUGCCAAAUCGCAAGAGUGACAGCGACUAG